GGCGUAUGGCGAUUUAUCUCCCGCCCUUUUACGUCGGGGGCGUGAGUCACAUGAUGCGUCAUCUUGGACUUUGCGUUAAUAAUGACUAGAAAUGGAGCCACUGGAGCUUUUUGAGUCGCCAGAUCUUCUCCGUUUCUUCCGCCGUCAUAAAACGGAACUGUCUUGUUUGGAGCAGUCGUAUAUGUUACUCGGCAAAAUGCGGGAUUGCGACCUCAUUCCAGAGGACAGAUACAAGAAAGUGAGUCGGAUCCAGAAAUCAGAGCGCAAGAAGAAAGCCAUCUACGAGCUUCUGGACUGGUUUGAAAAGGAGCGGGCACAGCACAUCAGGCGCUUCUGGACAUGUAUUCUCCAGGAGACCCUGCUGGAGCAGUGUCCCACCCUGAGGAGGCUGCACAAGAGUCUCAUGGACGGAUCCUACCAGUUUGAAUCAGAGCUGCCAGAGUCCACGCCGAGAGCACAGCCGCCAGGAAGUGAAGUCACUCCUGUGAGGGAGAAGGGGAAGGUGAAACCCUUGGAGUCCAAGGCUUGUGAAGAACUCAGCGAAGCUCCUUCACCUGCGAGGAGAAGCUCAGCGAAACUGUCCUCUGCUCGGAAGAUCAAGCGCAGCAGCAGCAACUCGCUGGGAAGCCACCAGAGGAAGCUGGACAGCUGGGUGCUCUGGACGCAAGACCAGCAGCCCGUCUCGCCUGCUUCAAGCCCUGCUAAAAGACACUUCUGUCCGUCACCUUCCGUCCUGGACACUCUGCAGCUCGAGACGAGCCCAUGUGUUGAGGGGAGGCUGGAACCAGUCCCGACAGGCAGAGCAGGACACGCACAGGACCAGGCCGUGUUGGGCAUGUUUGAUUUCACAAGGCAGAGACGUCCUUUGGUUUCUUCAGGAAAUGAGACACCAGGGAAGAAGAAGGCGAAGACCAAACAUCUCACUGCUGUUGAUAAGGAGGAGGAAAGCCUGACCGAGAAGUCAAAGAGCAGGGAAGACGAGAGAGACAUUUGGACCUGGCCCAUCUACAAGUCUCAGCUGCCUGUCACCUGCGGUCACCUCCAGGGGAAGCUGCACAGAAAGAGACUGACAAAAGGACUUCCCUGCAUAUUUUCCCACCGUCGCUGGUACACUCCCACAGAGUUUGAAGAAGCUGGCGGGAAAAAGAGUUGCAAGAACUGGAAGACAAGUAUCCGGUGUGAGAGUGUCGUGCUGGAUUCACUGAUCAAGAGCGGACACCUGCAGUGCGGGAGUUUCAGAAGAUGGCGCCAGAAGAGGGACGUCACACUGCACUCCAGAGCCGUGUUUGAGGUCACAUGUGGAACUGCGUGUGGAAAACUGCACAAGCAGCGAUUCGCAUCAGGGAGCUGUGGGUUGAGUGUUCGUACUGAGGAACGCUGGAUGACCCCAGAGGAGUUCGUGACGGCGGCACUACAUGUGGCUAACCCUGCAUGGAGCAGAGAUAUUCUGUGGGAAGACCGACCGCUGAGCCUGUUAGUCGAGGUCCGUCGAGGUCUUCCAAGCCUCUCCUCUCAAGCCAUCUGUCAUGAUGAUAAUAAACCUGACAAAACCCGCAUGCAACCCAUGGUUGUGGUGUUCACACGGCUCAGUAUGGACUGUGCUUUGUUCCAGAGAGAGGUCUUGAGGGUGCACCCCUCCGAGUGCUUUUGUGUUCUCUGCAAACCUUCGGCUGAAGACUUGGAGAGUCAGAGAAACGACGACAGCUGUUGUGUGUGCCAGUCUGAAACGGAGGAGCAGCUGGUGGUCUGCGAUCAGUGCCCGCGUGCCUUCCACCAGUGGUGCCACCUACCGCAGGUGGACGACGCCACGCUGAGGGACAACAAAAAAUGGCUGUGUACCUUCUGCAUUUUCAAAAACAGUCAGGAUUGGUGUUAUUCAAAUGAAAGCGGGCGGGACAAAGCAGAGCUGCUAGGAAGCGCGGUCAGCAGCUACAUGAUGCAGUGCCAGUACCUGCUGCUCUACCUGUACACUUCUGAUGAGACUCACCUGCUCCCCGGACACAAGAUGGAGCUCAGCAGGAGGCUUCAGAGUCAGCAAAUCCAGACCAUUGGGGAGUUUGAGAGUGAAGUCAAGUCCCUCUUCACCCAUGGCCGUUCAACACAUCAAAAAGUGAGUGGUCUACAGGAUGCCGGGAAGAAGCAGGAAGCCCUUUACAACGUUCUGGACCGGUUUGCUGAGACCAAACCUCAGGACAUCAAGCUGUUCUGGAAGUGUGUGUUGCAGGAGACACUGCUGGAGCAGUGCCCCACCCUGAAGAGGCUGCAAAGCAAGCUCAUGAGCGAAAGUCACUGCUUGGCUCCCACGUCGACCCCGGCGAAGAAGAAGGAGAAAACAAAGCACAUGGCUAGUGUUGCUGACGAUGAGCAGCCGAGCUUGUCCUCUCCACCUGCACAGGGAGGCAACACCGAGGCCUCUCGCUUCCAACCUGUGAAGAAGAGCGACAGCCAGACCCCAGCCAACUUGACCUACCCGCUGCCUGUGACCUGUGGCACCCUCAAGGGGAAGCUGUACAAAAAGAAAUUUGAAAAAGGAGAAGCCAGUAUUUUUUCCAACCUACACUGGUACACUCCCACACAAUUUGUCGUGGCAGCUGGGAAGAGCAGCAAGCACUGGAAGUCAAGUAUCCGCUACCACAGUGUCACAAUGGAUGCGCUGAUUAAGGAUGGACACCUGCAAAGUGGGAGUUCCAGAAGUGCUCAAAAGAAGCUCCAGACGAAGGAUGCAUCAGGAGAGAAGCCAAAGGGGCAGCUGGACUCCAGAGCCGUGUUUGAGGUCACAUGUGGAGCUGCAUCUGGAAAACUGCACAAGCAGCGAUUCGCAUCAGGGAGCUGUGGGAUGAGUGUUCGUACCGAGACGCGCUGGGUGACCCCGGAGGAGUUUGUGAAGGCGGCGCCACACGUGGCUAACCCUGCAUGGAGCAGAGAUAUUCAGUGUGAAGGCCGACCACUGAGCCUGCUAGUCAAGAGAGGAAUUCUGCAUGUCCACCCCACCGGCUGUUGUUGCGGGAUCUGCAAACCUUCAGCUGAAGACUUGAGGAGAAAGAGAAACGAUGACAAAUGUUGUCUGUGCAAAGCUGACAUUGGGGAGCAGUUGGUUCUUUGCACUCAGUGUCCACGUGCCUUCCACCGGUUGUGUCACUUGCCUCAGGUGGACCACAGCAUGCUGAGGGAUCACGUGGACUGGCUGUGCACCUUCUGCACCUUCAAAAGAAUCCAGGAGUUGCAUCAUCGUUACGAGUCAAAGAAGGACAAGACACAAUUACUGAAAAGCAAAAUAAGUGAUUACAAGAUGCAGUGCCAGUACCUCCUCCUCUACCUGUACAGCUCUGAUGAGACUCAAGUUCUGCCAGAAUAUAAGACCCUGCUCGGCAGGAGACUCCAGAAUAACCAAAUCCAGACCAUCGGGGAGUUUGACAGUGAAAUCAGAGUCCUCUUCAUCGUCUCUAACUCACAUUACCAGGGGCAGACGGAAACCCUCGACACCUGCCAGCGACUCCAGCAGAGGUUCAACAGGAAGUUUGACGAGGUCUUUAACGUUCACUAAAACAUCUGGGUGCAUCUCAUUGAUGAAUGACCAGUCAGCAUGGUGUCGCCCUCUCAACAUUCUCUUGCUGUUGCAUUAAUCCUAGUGUUAUUCCUUCCAACAUGGCAUGAUAAUAUGACAAAUGUUUGUUGCUGUGCUCAAUAGUUUUCUUGCUGCAGAAGGCUUUUUUUGCUGCCAUUUUGCUCAUACUGAAAUGGGUUUGGAUUUUAUGGAUUUGAAACGCGCCAUUCACACAUGCAGCUUGGGGCCAUUUUAAAGGAGGAGACUGGAGCUCCUGGAGAAAGCCACGCAGGCAUAGGGACAACAUGCACCCAGAAAGGUCCGGAGCUGGAUGCUGAACCUUCUUGCUGUGGUGCACUGUGCCACCCUGCCGACUGAUCUAGAUAUUUUAAAUGGAAGUUGACUGUGGCUCACGCUGUGUUCGGUUGCCUGCUGCUUCUGUCAACCUCUUUCAUGCCCUUUCAUCUAUGUUGAGAGUGAUCCAAAUAAAGUUGCUUCCUCCAUUGUCUUCCACUUAUU